AUGGUUGGUCAUCGUAAUUGCGCUGUUGUUGGCUGUGGAAACAGUGGAGCUAAGCUACGAAAAUGCAUAAGUCAGAUAUGUCCAACCCACAAUUGCAACCAAGGAAGAGGUCAUUGCACUUGUCAUGCAUCUUUUACCUUAUUUCCUUUCCCAACCAAAUUAAACAACAAGGAACUUAGACAAAGGUGGAUUAGAGCCCUGAAGCGAAAAACUGAAAAUGGGAAAAACUGGGAGCCCAAUGAUAAUUCAAGAGUGUGUUCCAAACACUUCCCUGUUGGCCACCCUACUGAUGAAAAUCUAGAGCCAAUUCUACACCUUGGGUAUUCAGCUGUAAUUAAAAGACAGCUAACAAGAAAACCACCUUCUAUGAAAUUGCCACUGGAAUCUCCUGUACCCAAGAAAAAGAAAAAGCCUGACACUGAACAAUCAGUUACUAGUACAAAUGAAAACUCUAAUAGUGUAGUGCAGAAUCAAGAUGAUCAAGAACCUGGACCUUCAUGUACAGCAGGUAACAACCUUGAUGACACGAAAGUUGAUCAAUCAAAAUCAGCCAGUGAUAGUUCUCAUCAAAAUGAUUUAAACAAGCCAGACGAUAUCAGCCAAAACCAGGGCUGCAAGAUUGAGAAAAUAAAGUUGAGACAUGCGGUGGAGUAUUUUAAAAGUGAUGUUAAGAGAUGGAAAAGAAGGUUUUCAAAGCAGGUUAACAAGCCAUUCAGCUAUCAAGCACUGAAGUCUGAUAAAAAAAUCAAACAUUUUACUGGGAUCCCAAGCAGAGCUGCUUUUAAUGUUUUGUUUAGAAUGAUUAAAGGCAAGGUUCCUAAACWUAAGUACUGGAGUGGUCCAAGUAAAAUACCUGCACAAAAAAGAAAAUUUCUUAAAACACCAAGAAAGUCUAGACCCCAAAGAUUACUGUCUGCUAGGGAUGAGUUCCUAAUGACCUUGAUGAAACUUAGACUGGGGUCUACAAAUGCUGACUUGGCUAAGCGCUUCAAAGUAUCUGAGACAACAGUUAGCAAAAUUAUCAAUACUUGGGUGCGCUUUCUUGCUAUAGAAUUGAAGUGCUUAAUACACAAUCCACCUAAAGACAUAGCACUACAACAUUUGCCAAAAAAUUUGGCAAAAAGUACAGUAAUGUGA